CUCCCCUGGGGGAGAUAUGUGCAGGCUGUGGGGGAGGGGGCUGCAGUUCCUGGUGUGAUGACAUCACCACAAAAGGUGUAUUGCCCUUUUAAGAUGGGCUGUGGCUUGUUGCCCUUUUAAGAGAAGGCAGAACCCGGGACAAGAGGAAGUGAUAGAAUGUAACAGAGAGGAAAGAAAGAAAGAAAGAGACAGACCAGAGAGAGAUAAAGAAAGGAGAUAGGGGAAGCAGGCAAGGGGUGCCAGGAUCUGUGUAAUUGGGCAGAGUAGGAGGUGGGCAGUGAGACUGGGAAUUAAAGGGUCAGGGUUAAUCACUGCUAUGCUGGAAUAGUUGAGGUGGGUGUGAGGGAGCGCAGGAAGAGAUCUGGGGUGGAGAGAAGGGUGGGGUGAGGGACAGAGAGAUUAGCUAAGAGCCAGGUGGCGGCAGAAAUCUGGGGGCUGAGAGAUAGAGGCGGCCACUGCCAGGGGAGGUGAGGGCAGAGGGUGGGGGGACAGGAGGUGACACACAUUCCUACCUGCAGGAGGCGGAAGCUGACACCUCAGCAUGAGGUGAGUGAAUCACUGUGCCAGCUCUCCCUGUGUACCCUACUGCUGUACCAACUGUACUGUGCCAGCUCCCCCUGUGUCCCCUACUGCUGUAUCAACUGUACUGUGCCAGCUCUCCCUGUGUCCCCUACUGCUGUACCAACUGUCCUGUGCCAGCUCCCCCUGUGUCCCCUACUUCUGUAUCAACUGUACUGUGCCUCCUCUCCUUGUUUCCCCUACUGCUGUACCAACUGUACUGUGCCAGCUCUCCCUGUGUCCCCUACUGCUGUACCAACUGUACUGUGCCAGCUCUCCCUGUGUCCCCUACUGCUGUACCAUCUGUUCUGUGCCUCCUCUCCCUGUGUCCCCUACUGCUGUAGCAACUGUACUGUGCCUCCUCUCCCUGUGUCCCCUACUGCUGUAGCAACUGUACUGUGCCUGCUCUCCCUGUAUCCAAUACUGCUGUACUGUGCAUGCUCUCCCUGUGUCCCCUAUUGCUGUACCGACUGUACUGUGCCUGCUCUCCCUGUGUCCACUACUGCUGUACCGACUGUACUGUGCCUCCUCUCCCUGUGUUCCCUACUGCUGUACUGUGCAUGCUCUCCCUGUGUGUACUACUCCUGUACCAACUGUACUGUGCCUGCUCUCCCUGUGUCCCCUACUGCUGUACUGUGCAUGCUCUCCCUGUGUGUACUACUCCUGUACCAACAGUACUGUGCCUGCUCUCCCUGUAUCCCCCAACUCAUGUGCCUGCUCUCCCUGUGUCCCCUACUCAUGUGCCAACUGUACGGUGCCUGCUCUCCCUGUGUCCCCUACUCCUGUGGCAACUGUAUGGUGGCUGCUCUCCCUGUGUCCCCUACUCCUGUACCAACUGUACUGUGCCAGCUCUCCAUGUGUUCAUUACUGCUAUACCAACUGUACUGUGCCAGCUCUCCCUGUAUGUACUACCCCUGUACCAAACUGCACUGUGCCUCCUCUUCCUGUGUCCCCUAUUGCUGUACCAAAUCUACUGUGCCUGCUCUCCCUGUACCCCAUCUCCUGUACCAACUGUACUGUGCCAGUUCUCCCUGUGUCCCCUACUCUUUUUACCAACCAUCCCGCUGCUUGCCGUCCCUGUCCAUUACUCCCCUAUCAGCUACCCCUGUGUCUGCAUUAUUUGUGUCCCUUAAUCCUCUAUGAGCUCAAACGGUGUUCCCUACUUUGCUUGCUCUCUGUAACCCUUAUUCCCACGGUGCCUAUCCCUGUGACCUUUAGUCUUGUGCCAGUGUUUUUCUAUAUCUGCAUUGUCUAUGAAACCUGCUCUUUUACCAUCUCUACCUGUAUCUGCUCUCUCUGUGUGUCCCCUACUCCUUUGCCUACAAUAUCUCUUACAGCAUACAUCACCUUUUUUACAUGGCUGCCCUCCUUGGGUCCUUAGUCCCAUGGCUGCCCUCCUUGGGUCCCUAGUCCCAUGGCUGCCCUCCUUGGGUCCCUAGUCCCAUGGCUGCCCUCCUUGGGUCCCUAGUCCCAUGGCUGCCCUCCUUGGGUCCCUAGCCCCAUGGCUGCCCUCCUUGGGUCCCUAGCCCCAUGGCUGCCCUCCUUGGGUCCCUAGCCCCAUGGCUGCCCUCCUUGGGUCCCUAGCGCCAUGGCUGCCCUCCUUGGGUCCCUAGCGCCAUGGCUGCGCUCCUUGAGUCCCUAAUCCCAUGGCUGUGCUCCUUGGGUCCCUAGCGCCAUGGCUGCCCUCCUUGGGUCCCUAGCGCCAUGGCUGCUCUCCCAAGAUCCCAUUCUCAUGUGCCCCCUAAUGCUGUGCCAACCAUCUCUGGGUUUACUGCUUCUGUGUUCCCCACUCAUGUGCCAGGUAUCCCUGAAUAUGCUAACAUAUGUUUUUCCUACCCACAUGCCUGCUAUCACUGAUUUCAUUUCAUACUGUGAUUGGUAAAAUUGUAUCUUCUGUGCAUGUUAUCACACGAUUUACCUCUGUGCCCACUGAUUGCAGUGCCUGUGCCAACAAAGGAAGCUGCCCCUUGCCACUUCACCCUGCCUGCCAUUCCAAUGUAUGUUUAACAGCAUCCCAAGUUGGUAUGCACUAUGGCUGCCUCCAUAGCCCCAAAGCCAGUGAUGGUUGCCCACCUGACAUUGUGUCUAUCACAAUACCAACUACAGCUAUUUAUACUCUCAUUGUGUCUACUCGGUCUGAUGCUUCACUGUCUUCUCCCUGCUGCCAUGUGCCUACUGCCAGUGCUGUUCCCAGUGCCUACUGCCAGUGCUGGGUUCCUUGUGCCUUCUGUCAAUACCCAGACAGUUUACAUCAUGAUGGAUCAUAAAGAAUUCUGUCUAAAGAUCAGCCCUGUAGCAAUGUUCUAUUAGUCACCAUCAAUCACUGUGAAUUUUCUAUUGACUUUCAUUGAGAUUGCUCCACUUUUAUAACUUUGCUCCUCCAGUCUCUUUCCAAAUACCAUCGUACGUUGCGUGCGGUGCCAUGUAUGAAUUUGGGGAAUGGUAUAAACGUCUCUGGGUGUGGGGUUUCAGGAUGUCUCCACAGGUGUCUAGAACAAAAUGUCUGAGCUAUAGACUCCAAAUACAUACAAUACAAUCAUUGUCUAAAGAUGGUUAAGAACACCACCUUUGUAGUGUCACUUUGUCGCUGGCUUUGUUGUAGAAUUCCAACCACACGUUUAUUCACAGAGAUCUACAUUCCAUGUGCUGUUGGGAUUUACAUUUAAAUGGCUGCCCGGCACUAUCAAGAAUUCACAAACUGCCAAAGGAAUUCUGUUUACUAAUGGUGGAAGGGAACCACCUCGAUUAAAUCAUUGGCCUACCUCAGUCUGCAUACUUUUGUGCAGAACUAAUCUGUAGAAUAUAUUCUAAUCUUUUUUUCAAGCAGGGCCCUCAAUAACUUCUCAUUUCUUUUUAACUUUUGUAACAGUUUGUCUCUUAUUUGCUGUUAUAGGCCCACUUGAAACUUGUAAGCACUGUGAAAUAUUGCUGAUAACCGUAACAAUAAAUCACCCGAGAACACUGUAGUACUUAUUGCUCUCUAGGAAAAUACGGCCUAGGUGGCAACUCGGUGCAUUUGCAUUAGCAAUAUAUGUGUGUGUAUAAUGUGCUAAUUUACGAAUAUUUGCAUGACUGGAAAAAGGCUGUUUCUCUGAAAUGACUGCUCACCCUCUGCUGCAGCCACAGCCACAGCCACAUUCUAUGGCUAAUGAAUGUAAAAAGGAUGUGUACAUACAUGUUCUCUUUCUGCUCAACAUCUGUACUAAAAUAUUUAUGUGCAAUAGAAAUGUGUUCUUGUCUGACACACGCAAUCAAAAUUCAGUAAGUUUCAAGCCUUUUUGGAAAUUCACAUUUAAAAACGACCAUUUACUUCCUUAUUUUUUUGUGUGUAAUGAAUGGAAUUAUUUAUUUUGGUAUAGCGUGUGUGCGUGUUGGUUCAUCCUUUUUAGUUACAAAUUCAUACUGAUAUGUUAUGUCAUUAUUUCCUCUCUCAUUUCUCUCAAUUUUUUUUUAUUUUUUUUAACAUAAAUUCUGUGGAUAGAAGUAGGAACUCUCAGUGAUAGACUGUAAAAAGCAAAAUCUAUACAUGAUCGAUCUGAUCCAAUAACCCAAAGGUGCUAAACUUUGUGGACUACAUUUCCCAUAAUUCUGUGUCAGCCAUUGGCAGAGAAUUAUGAGAAUUACCAUUCAAUAGCUGGAUGGACUAUAGUGAACACUCCAGAUAGUGAGACAUAAUGACACAAUACCUACACCUCCCUCUCUACUUGUGUCUCGCUCUCUUUCUCUCCCACAUUGUCUGUCUCUGUCUCUCUGUGUCUAUAUCGCUCUCUCACCCCUGGUUCUCUGGUUCCUGUCACUUGUGGUAUCUCCUUGUCUUUCACACGCAGCCUUAUAUGGACAAAACCACAACAUAAGUUGAGGGGGGAGCAGGGGGAAAUAGUUAAGGGAAGACCAGUGUUAUAUGUGUGUGUGUUUGUACAUGUGUGUUUCAAUAGUUUUCCCAGCGUCUCUGACUGCAUAUUGAAAGCAUAGGCCCCUUUCUCUUUUAGGACAUUCAAAACCCUGUGAAUUGUGUAUUGUUCCAGUAAUAUUUUAUUACAAUAACACACAAUCAACAUAUUUUUUAUUUUUUUUUGUGUACACUAACCGGAAGGGGCCUGGGUGAUGUGCUCACAUUUUUCUUGUUCCGUUUUGUGCUAUGCCUGUUGUUUUAUAAAGAACAAAAAUUAGCAUUUAUUUAUUUUUUGUCUGUUUGUUUUUCACUCUGAUUUAGUUUUUGUAUAUUCUGCAUGGAUUCUUGUGAAAGAACUCCCACAUUCUGGAGAAACCCACUCACUGUACUCUAAAAUUGUAACAAGCAAUCUAAAUGUGUGUCUGAAAUGAUAUUUUAAAGCUGGUGAGAAACCGGUCAAAAAUGCUGAUAAUUGUAUGCAAACCCUACACUUAUACAUUUAUGUACACUGCAAUAUUUUUAAAAGUGUAUGUUACUAUACUAUACCUACAUAAACCUAAAAGGUAACUUGGUUCCUCAAAGACUGAGACUUAUGGGAGUCAAAGCUCAACGGGGACAACAGUUUACAAAAAAAAAAAGAUAUUUUGUCAUUUGCCUGCACGCACUUCUGCUAGUUUACAUAAUAUCCAUCGGAGGUUGUUGCAGUAACAAACAAACUAUAAUCUAUAUUUUGCACAUGCUAAACAGGAUUCUGUGGUCAAUAGGAAACCCAGAAGUUUUGCGUGGCAUUUUGCAGGCCUUUUAUUAGCGAUACUUGUUUGUGUUCGUGGGGUCUGUGGCUGGAGGACUUCUCUAUGUAACAUUGAACAGUUUGUAGGGCAGGUUAUGUGAUGUACAACUCAUUGGGGAUUCAUUUAGUAAUACCGCCAGUAAAUAAUGCAAAUAUUAGACCAAUGCAACAGAAGCGACAGAAUUUGGCAACUUUGAAAAUCUGGGGGCAAAAUAACAUUUCUAUUUCUCCAUGACGAAAACACCAUAUCACGUUCCACACACAAAUAUUUUGCUGAAAUAUUAUUAAUUAUUAUUAUUUUAUUAUUUAUAUCGUGCCAGCAAAUUCCAUAGCGCUGUACUUAUUAAACUAAACUAUGAAAACCAGGAGGCACAGAAACAUAGGGGGGAUCAAUUGCCUGAAACCCCACACUCACUUGGUAGCUGGCCAUCAAGACUUCCAGAACCUAAUAUCUCUGGGUGACUUGGGUAACCCAAAAAUAUAACAAAUUAUACAGAACUCAACCUGUUAAAAUACUGGGGGUAAGCUAUCCCAACCACCACUCUCUGUCUGAUAUAUCACAGUUAUCGCACACAUAGCAAUACAACAGGUUUGUGUGGGGUGUGUGUGUGUGUGUGUGUGAGCUUCCGAUCAACCAGCCAUAACUUAAAUGUAAUGUUUAAUAGAAAAGGGUAACAACACAGAAAACACAAUUGUAGUUACAGGUAUAAAAUGCUAACACUAAUAGUUGUUCAUAGUCUUAAAGGAUCACUAUAGUGUCAGGAAAACAAAUUGGUUUUCCUGACACUAUAGUACCCUGAGGGUGCCCCCACCCUCAGGGUCCACCUCCCGUGGUGCUAAAACCCCUUCAGUUACUCACCUUAUUCCACCGCCGGGCUCCCUUACCGGCAGUGGCGCGCGCAUUCAAAGUGUCCAUAGGAAAGCAUUUCUCAAUGCUUUCCUAUGGACGCUCUGCGCGAUGGAGGCAUAAUAUGAGGCUAGAGGCUGGCUUAACUAGAGGCUGGCUUAACCCCAAAUGUAAACAUAGCAGUUUCCCUGAAACUGCUAUGUUUACAGCAGGCAGGGUUAACCCUAGAGGGACCUGGCACCCAGACCACUUCAUUGAGCUGAAGUGGUCUGGGUGACUAUAGUGUCCCUUUAAAUUGUCCAGAAACAGCUGCUAGCAUAAGAGGAAGAGCUACUUGGGCUCUUUGGGGGGAGGGGUGCUUGUAGUUAAGCCACCACUCCACCACUUACAUUACGGCCUAGUGAUAUCUUCACUGGCCACUCCUCAGAUGGCUGUUAGAGAUCCUUCCUGGGUCAUGGCUGCCUAAAAUGCAUCCAAACAUUCAGUAUCUCCUCCCUCUGCAUGCAGACACUGAACUUUCCUCAUAGAGAUUUGUUGAUUCAAUUCAUCUCUAUGAGGAGAUGCUGAUUGGCCAGGGCUGUGUUUGAAUUGUGCUGGCUCUGCCUUCUUGUCAGUCUCAACCAUUCCUAUGGGGAAGCAUUGUGAUUUGAUCAGGCUACCACUUCUGAUGAUGUCAGUGGGCGGGUCUAAAGGAAACAGGGACAAAGCAAGCAGCUCCAGACUUGAAUACAACUAAUAUUCUACUGUAUUUAGGGAGGCAAGAGAGGCCCAGGGGGCCUUGAUGUUGGUUUUAACCCUAUAGGGUCAGGAAUACAUGGUUGUGUUCCUCACCCUAUAGUGCACCUUUAAUUCUUUAUACACUAGGGAAGAGAAUAUAUUUUGUGGGUCUCUAGCUUUUGGCCAUGUUGCUUUCUGUUGCUAAACAAAGUACAGGAGGGGCUUAUUGACUAAACCACAACUACUGGUAUAAGCAACAAGUCCUCAUAAGUAGGACAUUUAUGUAUUUAAAUCUGGUAUUGUGCAAAUAGUUAAUGCAUUAUUUGUGUCUAUACAUAAUGGAAUAACUAUGCUUAAUGUCAAAUCCUUACCCAUUGUCAAAUCUAAUUUUGUUUCUACCAUCUUUAUUUCUGUUUUAUUCUGGGCAGUGAGACACCGGUGGUCACGGCUCGUGCCAAUGUCAUGGUAUAUGAUGAUGCCAGUAAAAAAUGGAUCUCUGCUGGGACUGGUGCCCAAGGACCAAGUCGUGUACAGAUCUUCCACAACCCAGUAUCGAAUUCCUACCGCAUCGUUGGACGGAAAAUGCAAGAUCAGCAGGUAUGCCGGAGCAUGGCCUAUAUCCUCAGAGGUGGGAGGGCCAUGGUGGAGGAUCCUCAGGGGCGGAGAUUAUCCCUGGAGAAAAGGGACAGUACUGUAUAGCUAAAUGUUGUUGUUGUUGUUUUAGAGUGGGGAAUGCAUUGUAAUUCAAUAUCGCAGAUUGUUGUGUUUUUUUGUUUUUGUUUUUUUUUUAUAAAGUAAAUGUGUUCUGAAAACCAAGAUUCAAUUUAAUGUAUUUAAAAGGCAUUUUCUUGUAGCUGCUUGUCUUUGCAACCAUUUGGAAGCUGCUAGCACAUGUGCCUAUAAUUAAAAUGACAGGUUAAUCCUUUCCUUCAUUGUGUUUUCUUGUGUUCUUUAGUACAUUGAAUAAGCCAUUUCUGCUUUCUCCUGUGCCAGAAAUGUCAGGUUUGAUUACUAUACUCAGUCCCGUAUGACACGUUGAUGGUGUAUUCUAUAAAACCUCUUACCUGUCGCUCUUACGGAUAGCACAGUCAGGACUGUAAGAAGAAAGCGGUCUCUGCUGUUUGGAGAAGGCUGAUUCUUCCCUCUCAUUUGAAAUAUUUGUGCAACUCCAUAUCCACAGUUGAGUGGAGGGUCAGGGUGGAUUCGAGCUUUGUGUUCCAGGUCUUUAUAGCUGGAUGAAUGAUCAAGGCUAUAAGACCAGCCUGGGGGCUCCAACGCUCUUGUCCAGGGCCAAGUAUCACCUAACCUGAAGCAUCCUGUUGUCUUCUCCCUUUGGUGCUCCAGUUUUAUUCCCUCCUAGUUUGUGUGUUUAGAUAUAUUUUAAUAUGAAGUUCCUAAUGAGUAAUAGGUCCACUGUUUUCCAACAAAACUGUUCAGCCCUUCUUGGGGCACUGUCUUACAAGCCCUGAACUCUAGAGAUAUAGAACCAUUCUUCAUGAAGGAACAAAUCCAGUACUUUGAGGAAUGAAAGAUGGAGAAAGGUUGUUGUUUUUUUUCACACUCUGUUCCCCCUGACACCUCUUAAAAUGUCAAUACUGAGAUUGGGGAGGCAAUGGAAUUAGUUUGACUUUACCCUGGUGUGCAUGAAACUGCUUUUGACUUUGUUUAGUGUGUUAUUAUCCAACUGUAAUCCUGCAAUAUUUUGCGUGUUUGCACCAUCGAUUUGCCAAGUCAUCCUACAACCACCCAUUUCAAUCAUUUGACCUAAUGACUCCAACAAGAUGGCUGCCCAUAGCAUCAUGGAGUUAUUUCAAUAUUUACAGGAAACUAGUAAGCCCCACAGCCACUACAGCUCAGUAUAGUGGUUAUGAAUUAGGGAGAAAUGUCAAAUACAUCUAGCCUGUACAGCUGUGAUAGGCAGAAUGCUGUUGGUGACCCAACCCCUAUCGUUGUCCAGCCAUCCAUUUCCAUCCAGGUUUGAUUGAUUUCAUGUUGAUAAUGUAAUACUGCAUUAGGAAGGUGACUGGAGAAGGGUCAGUUUAUGUAUGUCGAUCCUGAACAGUCGGACAAAAAGAGUGAGAUGGCACCCGUAGAUUAUUAGAAACAUAACCACUACACUGAUCUGUAGUGGCUAUGGUGCAAACAUUGCCCCGUUCACUUAUAGGAACAGGCAUUGUGCAUAUAGGGAAUUUAUUUUGGCUUUCAAAGUAUAUUUGUAUGACUUUAAAAAUGAGGUCAAAGAUGACUCAACAGACCAUAUUUAAACGUUUUCCAUUGCUCAGUAGCUGUGUGGUUUGUUUGUGUUUAUUUUAAUUUGUUUUGUUUUAACUGAUACUGGCUCACAAAGAUUUGAAUCUGUGUUCAACCUAGGUAAUAGUUUUGCGGUAUUGAGCAAACCUUACAUGAUGUCUGUAUUCCCCUGUUACUGAACGUCAUAUUAUGGCUACUGUUCUUGUGUGUAUAUAUAUUAUUUUUUGGACUUGUCUCUCUUGACACCAUUUAGUUAUUUUUGCCAUGUUUGUAACUCAUGCACUUGGACUCAGUGUAUUUCAUCUCUUUGAAACCUUGCCUACUUGCCUCCUGUUCAUGUAAAGGGACACUCCAGACCCCUAAAGCACCUUAGCUCUCUGAAAUGCUUUAUGUGUGAACAGUGUGUCCACUUUAUUUUCAUUGUGCAAAAGUGCAGCUUUUAAUAGAAAUUGACACUUUAAUAAAAUAACCUGGCUAUUCCCCCUUGGCUUUCAAUCAGAACACUGUUCUGUUACUUCCUGGUUUGCUUAGCUCAGUGAAACUAAACUCAAGAGGCAGCAAUUGCUCAGAGCACCUGCCUUGCAAAGACUUCUCAUUGAGCUGCAUUGGGAAGUCUGUGAUUGGACAGACACAGAAAGUUUGGGUGGGCUUAGAAGAGGAGGGCUUGUAAAGGCUGCAAGAGUACUGCAGGUUUUGCAAGAGUAUUUUUAGAUAUAACCCAAAUGACAAAAUGCAUAUUUAUAUGUAUUCAUGGUUUCAUUGGGGUAUAUCUACUAAACAGUGAUUUGUUUAUUUUGUAUUCGGGCAGUGCAGUGUACCUUUAAAUCCUCACAUGUUCCAGUGAUAAUGGCGAGACUGUUGACUCAUAGUUGACUCAUAAUAUUGAUUGGCGAUGAAGGUAAUAUGACUCACCUUUACAACUGCGUUUUGUAGUCAAGGUUUUUACAGGAACCUUCCAAGCAUUAUUAUUAUUAUUAUUAUUAUUAUUAUUAUUAUUUUAUUUAUAUAGCACAAGCUUAUUCCGCAAUGCUUUACAAUAAGAGGGGAAUUUACCAAAUGAGACAAUAACACAAUGUAACAGGAACAAUAGGUAGUUGAGAACCCUGCUCAAACGAGCUUACACUCUCAUUGUAGUGGUUAUGGUGCCAGGAGUGGCCUGACACCAUGCUUGUGUAAUAUGUCAGACCGGUUUAGAAUGAUUUGAUUACUUACCUGGGUCCUGCAGGAGAAACCGGAUAAUUGAGUCUGCUAAGCAUGGCGGUACCGGACCGUGCUGAUAGGCGGAGUGCUCGGAUCAGACUGAGCUAACCGGAUUCUCCUGUAGUAAAAUCCUUGAAAAAUAGGGAAGGGGUUACGUGCAACUGAUGGGACCAUGUAAAAAGGUGGUUGUGCUACUUGUGUUCUUUAACCACGUAAAAGUUACGCUUCUAUUAUGUUUUUAUUUAUUUAUUCUAUGUAACCGGCAGCAAUCAAACAGAGCCGUUCAACUUGGAAUAAAAAUAAAAUGUUAUUCCUUUCACAGAGCACAGAAGCAAGGAUUGCAACACUGUUAGUAUUGCACAAUCUCCUAGACUGAUAAGUAGGUUUUUGAUCCAUUAAACUGAUCUGUCCCCCAGCAUGUAUAUUAAAUAAUGUGGCUUGUCAGUUGGGGAGAUUGGAUUGAUGUGCAGUGAGUUCUAUCUAUGGCUUUCGAACUGGUGUGAUGAGGAGCUGAAAUGAUUUGUGACUGUCGCUUUAAGCCUUUGAAUUCCAGUGCAGACUAACCUAUUGAUUUUGUAGUUGUUUGCAUUACUCAGCAUUCCCUGGAAUGGAUUAACAGAGUCCUAACAUUUGUUUCCGCAUGCUUCACCGCGACCCCUGCUCUGUAACUAAAGAGUGAACCGACAUCCAAAGGCAAAACUUGGAUAAUCUUGCCUUAUUUCGCAAAUCUGGCUGCGAUUUCCCUACAGAUCACUAUUUAGCAAAUAAACCCACAAAUAUUAUCUAAUUGCAUUUAUCGAGGAGCUGUCAUUGUAGCCAUGAUUGUAGAAGAUUCAUUUCAUUUGAUAAACUUUAGAAGAGAUGGCCCUCUUACAAUCAGUGGGUUAAAUAUCAACCUAAAUCUCACUUAACAAUAUAACCUUAAAGAACCACUAUAGUGCCAGGAAAACAUACUCGUUUUCCUGGCACUAUAGUGCCCUGAGGGUGCCCCCACCCUCAGGGUCCCACUCCCGCCGGGCUGGAUGGCAAGGAAAGGGGUUAAACUUACCUUUUUUUCCAGCACCGGGCGGGGAGCUCUCCUCCUCAUCUCCACCUCCGAUCCUCCCCUUCGGCUGAAUGCACGGGCGGGGCAGGAGCUGCGCGCGCAUUCAGCCAGUCUCAUAGGACAGCAUUCUCAAUGCUUUCCUAUGGACGCUGGCGUCUUCUCACUGUGAUUUUCACAGUGAGAAGCACGCAAACGCCUCUAGCGGCUGUCAAUGAGACAGACACUAGAGGCUUUAGAGGCUGGAUUAACCCAUUUAUAAACAUAGCAGUUUCUCUGAAACUGCUAUGUUUAUAAAAAAAAAAAAGGGGGUUAACCCUAGCUGGACCUGGCACCCAGACCACCUCAUUAAGCUGAAGUGGUCUGGGUGCCUAUAGUGGUCCUUUAAACUGCAUGCUUUGAGACUAGAUUCAUUGCCCAUUGAAGUGUUGGUUGGCCAUGUCCUCCAGUUACUUGCUGUUGCUGUAAUUCUCCACUAGCUUUCCAUGGUUCUAGUUUUGGCAGUGGGAUGAGUACAGAAGGGUGAGCCCAUCUUUUUUGAGAGCUUGUAUUGGGUGAGCGAUGUAGAAAUCAGGCAGGGCUCGACAAUUUCACCCCUGGUGAAUAUGCUAUAGCUUUCAGUGGCUAGUAACUUUUUUAAAGCUUGGCUUGUAUCAUAGGACUUCAAAUUGUAAACCCUGAUUCAAUGAUUCAUGGAAUAGGGAAUGUGUUGUGUAGAUAUAGUGGUGUACUCUCUGGAGACCCUUAUGCCUCGUUUCCACUGAGCGGAACGGUUCGGGUUGGUACAGUUUGGAAGGGUUAGAAUGGUCCAGCCUAUUCAGGUGAGCGUUUCCACUGCAAGUCGGACCGCCAGGGGCCAUGGGAGGCUUAGAAAAAAUGCUUAGUGUGUCAUUUGUCGUAAGCAUUUGUUUUCCUGUCUGCUAAUCAAUGGAUUGUAUAGUGUGAGGCCAGUAGCUCCACCCUAACCGUACCAUUUCAUAUGGCCCUACAUCUGAAGGAGGACCAAGAAUGGUUCGGUUUGGUUGUAUGGGCCACUUUCAUAAUGUAAACACUCAAAAUAGCGUACCGAACUGACCCGAACCGUUCCGCUCCGUGAAAACGAGGCAUUAGAGAGGGAUAUGUGUUGUACUCUCUGCUGAUCUGUAAAAUGUGUUUUGUAGAUUUAAUGUAGUACUCUGAUCUGUAUUAUGGGGUAUGUGAUGUAUAUGAAUUGACAUAGAAUGUCACUCUGUUUGUGUUGUCACCAAAUGCAAAAAAAAACCAAAAAAACUUGCCUUCCUAGUAAUCUGAAGAAAUUCUAAACAGUAAAAUAAGGAAAUGGAGUGCAGCAACACUCACAAUUCCCAGCUAGCAUCAACGUAAAGUCAUUAGACAGAACCACUGGGAUCCCACUCCUGCAUAUGGAGUCUUAGGAUACUUUGUGGUACCAUUUUUCUCAGAAAAGUACAGUCACACAUAGAACCUUAUUAAUGAUGCUGUUAACGAGCAUCAUCACUGCAGAUGUUUGUGGACUAUAUUUCCCAUAUUUCCUAUCGCGCCUUAAUCCUGGCUGAGUAUUCUGGGAAAUAAAGUUCAUAUACAUCUGCCUUGCCAAGAUCGGCUAUCACUGCUGCAAUGGGAGUUUCCAUCAGUUUAUGCACUUCUGAUAAAGCGCCAUUUGAAAGACAUUCUUGGAUGUAGUCCAUUUUUGUUUAUCGUGACUUAAUUAAUCAUUAAUAAGGUUCUAUGCUUGACUGUACUUUUCUGAGAUAAAUGGUAUCCUAUGACUCCAUAUGCAGGGUGAAAUCCCAGUGGUUCUGUCUAAUGACUUUACGUUGAUGCUAGCUGGGAAUUGUGAGUAUUGUUGCAUCCUGAUUGCAGGGCUGAGGUUGAAAACGUUUAAUAUAUUUUCAUCUAUUCUUAUCAAUAGACCACACCUUUUAAAAGAAAGGCUUUAAAUCAUGAGGCAUGGCAACUUGACUCGUACAUGAUAUCCAUCUCACAACCCUUGAAGCCCAAUUAAGUUUACUUUAGCUGUCCUUUCUUUAUUUUUUUAUUUUUUAUUUUUUUUUAUUAUUGAUGGAGGGGGGAGAAGGGAAACUAAAAUGUUAUCCCAAAUUAUUUUAGAGUCCUGCUUUGGUCUUAGAUCGAGCCUCUAUUACAUGACCACUAUUGAUGUUACAACUGUACAUUUUAGAAUAGUGGUUCUUGAUUUCUUGAUAGUGACCCAUAAUAGGGCAUUUUGGUGGGCUAACCAUUGCUAGAGAAGGGAGCCCAAAUUUGGUCUUCUAACUAGUGCACAAUUCCCAUAAUCCUCGGCCAGCUGUUUGGGAAUAUUAGUGGAUUCAAAUGUUUUAGACCAAGGUUGGGAGUCACUGCUCUAAAGCGUGACUGUGCAUAUGCUGUUCUGAAGCUGCAAUUCCCAUUAUCCACAGGAUGAUAGGAGUUGAGCUCCAGUGUUUGCUGCCAUUGCCCGUCCUGACUGUAGACGCACCUUACUUCCUCUUCAGGUUUAAGUGAUUCCUCAUACUUUCCCUGACUCAGACUUUUUAUAGAGAGAUGACCAACAAACACAAAUACAUCUUGAAUUUCUGCUUAUGAAAUGGGAAAUUGCAGCGUUCUAGAAAGUGUGGCUAAAAGGAUGAUAUUGAUUUUAUUUUAUUGAAAAGGUCAGGUUUACGAGCAGAUUGUAAAUAGUGGGGUUUUGGGAUCUUUGGAAACAGAACUAACAAAUACUGCUGAGUUUAUUCACCAAUAUUUAGAUCAGUUAGAGAUAACCAUUAACAUGCAGUGAUUGUGGAAUUAAUUUUACAUGACGCUUACGAGUAAUGGUAAAUGGCUGGCUCAGCAUAUUGGGAAUGAAUUCCACGCAGCUACAGCGAUAAAUAUUAGCCAUCAUUAGACAGCCAGGCUUUGAAGUGUGCGUAGGCAAUCUGUAGCUCUGCAGCAUAUGUUUAAUUAUGAUACGAUUGCACGCAAGGGAGUUAAAGGGGCGCUCCAGUAACUCCACAUGUUUGCAAUAUUGAGCUUUGAUUACACUUGGUUACGCUGGAUGUUGCCAUUUUUUUUCUGCAAAAAUUCCAUGUACAAGAAGGCAUGACUUCUAGGCGUUGUAAUUUAGUCGUUGGCUUUCUACAUUACAAAGCAAACAAUCGAACUACAACUCCCAGAAAUCUGUCCUGUAUUUAUGGGAUAGGCUUGGUUAAAUGAGCAUGAUUGGCUGAUUCAUUUUCUAUUCUGAAUUUUGAGUAAAUGCAGGAAUGCCAAAUGUGCAAGGUCCUCUUUGUUUCCAAUUUAUUAUAAUAAAGACUACCCCCCCAGCCUGGGAUAAGCUUAUAAUAGAUAUUUGUGAUCUUCUCCAUUGUAGGUGGUUAUAAACUCCCCAAUAGUGAGAGGGUUGAAGUAUAAUCAGGCUACUCCCAACUUCCACCAGUGGAGAGAUGCCCGGCAGGUUUGGGGUCUGAAUUUUUCCAGUAAAGAGGAGGCCGUGCAGUUUGCCGCAGGAGUAACUCAAGCGUUGGAGUCCCUGGAAACUGGUAAGGGUGUCUGUACUCUUUCUGGCCGUUCACAAGAAUUUCCCUUUCUUGACACAUUGUAAUCCUUUAUAUUGUAUGUAUUUGCCCUCCAGGUUCUUGUAAUUGGCCUUCCCAAAAUGGACCCAGGGUAGAAGAGCCCGAACAACCCCGGAGGUAGGAGCACAUUCUGUCUGGAAACACCUACACCCAGGAUAGUUCGGCUUUAACCCUUUAUUAACAGAGUGAAUGUUGUUUGUUUGUUUGAACGUAUUAACAUUGAUGCAAAACAAUCAUCAGAUGGUGGAGCUUCUCAAAUCAUUCUGUAAAAUCACAACAUUCUAUAGAGCCAGAAUACACCGUGUGCUAGUCGGGUGGUACAGUAACCCAGACAAACCGUUAAAAGACUCACUCCAGACACCCACCAAGAUGCAGUGAGUGGGAUGUGUUUAGUUUUUCUUAUUAAUCUUAAUUUAAAAAUAUAUAUUUGUAUUAGCCCAGCUCUUUUCUGCUUUCCACCAUACCGCGAUUUAAUGAUUAAUUUUAAUUGAAUUUCCUUGGAUAAGUUACUGUAAUUCAUUAGAAGUUACAAAGCUGGCUAUGGUAUUAACACGAACGGUGGAUUUAUGGCUCAUUAUUUAUAGAUUGUGCAUAUAUAAUGGAUAACACCUAUGCCUAUUGUGGAGAAAUGUUUUAUUUACUCUACAAUAUUUGCAGGAAAACUGUCCGGUCCGUCUCUUGACCUUUCACUUAAACCAGGAACUGACUGAAAUUAGAUAGCCAAUCUCUAACACCCCCCAACUGCCUUUUGUAUGACAAAUGGUGAGCACGCACGCAUGUAUGAUCUCACACACGCACAUACUUACUAAUGUCUCAGAGACGUCAGUGAGCUGUUGCUUGUGCAUGUUCAGUGUAGGUGUAAUUGGCUUCUCAUUCACUCCUGAAAGUGAAUGGAAGCCGCCUUUGUCUUACUAUUAAUAACCAUUUUGAAAAAAAGUUUUGUGCCGAAUUAGGGUAUUGAAUAGCUAUUUUAUGUUGCGGUUUGAGUAUAUAAACUGUUAAGUAAAUGUUUAAAUUCUCCUCUCCAGUGGAUUCUGAUCACAAUUUGAACAUUCUUACCUGCUCGGCCCUGGAAAUGCUAAGUACUUUUUCACGUCAGUACUUCAUUUCACUCUGGUAGUUUACAUGGGUUUAUUACCUGAACUAGCAAUGUGGUGAACGGGAAGAAUAAAAUCAGAAAUGAAAUAAUCUCAGACAUCGUUACUUUUAUAACCCCGCUGCUUUGACCUAUAUUUUCCUAUUUUACUUCCAGUGCAGUGUGUGUACUGAAAGUCCUUCCUUUGGAAAUAUAAACUCUAUUAGGGAACUAUAAAGAGCGGAACCUCUACAUCUGAUGAUCUAGUAAUAAAUUAAUCAUACAGAGAUGCCUAAUCCUGUGUGUGUUCAAACAAUCCCUUCCGUAUGUCGAAUACAAUAUAACAGUGCGGUUCAUUGUUUCCCAUUACUAGGGAUCACAGAGCAGAACAAUGCUGGAUUUAGUGACAUGGCGAGGCUAAUCAAACUGACUCAUUGAUCUCUUAGGAUGUUCAGUUUAUAAAGCCCGCAAUGUCCAAGUGGAGACUGGCCUUUUCGAAACACUGCUUAGAGUGUUAUCUGUAUUCUGUUGUAUAUUAAAUAUGGAUAUUUGACCAUUAAGAGCUGUGGUACCUGUGGACUACAUUUCCCCUAAUGCUCUGCCAACCUGUAGUGCAGAUGAGCAUGGUGGUAGAAUGUAUCUGCUGCAAAGUUCUAACAAGUUAUCUCUGCUCUGGGGAUAACUUAAAAGUUUUAGUGUCUGGCUGCUUGUUUAUCUGGACCUACAGUUCUCCUUAUCUCUUUUUUUCCCUGUGCUUUAGAUAUACUGUAUCAAAGUCUAACUGUCUAUCUUUGGCCACACCAUAUAACUUUAAUAUUAUGGUCCAGAAUCUCCAAAAGGAGGCUCACUAGACAUUGACCUGAAACUCCCAUAGUACCCAGCCGCUUGUAGCCGCAGAGCAUCAUGAGAGUUGUUUCUAACCAACAGCUGAAAAGUUAUCUGUUUGGACAAAGUGUCUUGUGUCUGACUACUGUACACAGGGUGCUGCAUAAACUAUUAUAAACUGUUUUUUGUUUUCUCCCCCGGCCUCCAGGUUGCAACCCGAUCCAGAACCAAAAGUUCAAAGUCCAGGUAAAGUAGUUUUAAUUCUUAAUUUACUAUUUUUAAUUUUUUUUAUUUUAAUGCAUUCGCUGAUGCAUAUUUGCUCUUCAAUGGACUGGUUUUUGGUUUUAAUUUUUUUUUUUUUUUUCUUUAGAAGAAGCCAUAUCUGAUGUUACUGUUCUUUAUUUUAAAUUCAUUGUUGUUCCUUACCUUCUGCUUUUUCUUAUCUAUCCACAGUUGCCCCAGUUACCCCAGUUACCCCAGCAGCUGGUCCACCAGCCCCACCUGGACCUCCUCCGCCUCCAGGCCCUCCCCCUCCACCAGGGGGUCCACCUGCACCUUCAGCGGGUCCACCUGCACCUUCAGGAGGCCCACCUGCACCUCCAGGGGCUGGUCCCCCACCACCACCACCCCUUCCAUCUGGAGGCGGUGGAGGCGGUGGUUUGGCCGCAGCCCUUGCGGCAGCCAAACUCAAGAAAGUAUCAAAGGUGAGGAAGUCAGAUGGUGGGUAGGAAGAUGAAUGCCACUGUCUCCUGAGAGGGGUAGCCACAAUUUUGUGUAAUGGAUCCAUUAUAUUAUGAAUUCUAUAGAUAGUGUGUGUGUGUGUGUGUGUGUGUGUGUGUGUAUAGAUUCUCUGUAGGUGCAGUAUAUUCAGGCCCAUUGAAUUGGUUUAAAGGAACACUGUAGCGUUGGAACCGUAUAUCUGUAUUCCGAACCCUACAGUAUUCAUGUCCUUCGUUUUAUUUCCCUUGGCCUGCUAAAAAAAACAAUAACAAAUUAAAAUGAAAAUAAAUUAUUUACUGACCUUCUUUCCAGCGCCGAGUCUCAUUCAGCGCUGCUGUGGCCUCCUCCUAGUGUGAUGUCUUUUUGGAGGCAUGCCUCCAGGAUAAGGUCCAAUCUGUUGCUCCUCGUAGAGCAUGUGUCUACGAUUCUACCGUUGAGAAUCUUUGCAUACAAUGAUUCUCUAUAGAAGACAGUGACCGCACUGCGCAUGAUGUCAUGGUAUGCUAGGGUAUGAGAUCCAGGAAGCACAGUCCCGGCUUAAGAUGUGUCUUAGGAUGUGAAACUUGGGUUUGAGAGAUCAUAGACUCCUAGUCUUUGAGCGAGGAUUGGGAGUAUAGAGUUCUUUUACAAGAGAGUGUUAUGAUUCUAGCAUAGUUAUUUACUAACGUGAGAGUUGUCCAGUAUUCAAAUAGAAUUUUAAAUUUAAUACCAAAAUUGCAGAACUUAAAACUGAACUGACCUGGAUAAUUUUCUAAAUUCAGCUAUUUUGGCCUAAUUUCUGUAAUUCGCUUGAAUUCCAAGCAAUUCUCACAUUUGCUUGUGGAAGUGAGUUCCUGGGAUAACCUUGUUCCAUUAUUUAUCAUUUCUUUGUUGUCCUUUUACAGACAGAGGAUGCAGGAGGUACCUCUUCACCAAUAGGUGGAGGAUCAGCCAAACCAGACCUCAGCCGCACCAGCGGUGGAGCUUCAGGGGGGGGAGGUGGUGGGCUGAUGGAAGAAAUGAAUGCCAAGUUAGCACGCAGGUAAGGACCUCUUGCUGAGGCUGUAAAAAUAAUCGUAUUGGUUUGGAAGAUUAAGUUUGGUUCUUAAAGUGAGAAGGGACACGGUAACUAACAAAUAUACAUUUUCUUUGGGGUGGGUACAAUGGAUAUUUAGAUAUUUGCUCUGUCAUUCAUUCAUUCCCACUCCCCACCACCCCUCCAUAACUUUAUUUAGAGCAUUAGAUGGCAUGCCGAAGGGCCUCUGUGUUGGACUACAGCUCCCAUAAUCCUUUGUUGUUGCAUAAGCAAACUGCAGGAAUCCUGUUAUUCAGAAAGAGUUUCCGAGGCUGGUAAUGCUAUGAACAGCUGUAAUUCAUGAACUUACGCCAUCCUGCUAUCACCAGUGGUUAGAAGGGAUUGAUACAUAAUCAAUGUAACUAACCACAUAUUAGCAAAGCACGUAUCCAAUACUAUAUGGAGUCUUUUAAAACUUACAUACAGAUAAAUAUAUGUGAAUUGGAACAGUGGUAUUGAUCACACUCCCUUACUGAGUAAUGUAUGUGAAUCUAAACAAAUGUGGUUCCCAUGGUGCAGUUAAAAACAAACAACUUAUUGAUCAGGUCAAGUGAAUGUCACGCUAUAUAAAAAUGGAUCUUGUUUACCCAGGCAAAACCCGAUCAGGGUUAUUUAGUAAAGUGAGAAAUGCCAGGAAUGCAAACUAAAUUACUCAUUUUUUUUUUUUUUUUUUUAGUGUGUGUUCGUUCAUUUAUUUAUUGGGUGUUUGGGGGAAAUCUGUUUUGUUCUGCAAUGUUGCACUAUGAAUUUAGAUCUGUGUCACCAGUGAUUACCUACACACUGUUUUAUGUCUGGUAUUACCCAAACCUUCUCCCUAUAACAGGUUGAAGAUGUCACAGCAGGUGGAUCGCCCUGCACCCACUGCCACGCAGGAUGAUAAUGACAUUCAGGGAGGGAGGAACCAAAACGGUGAGUGCCAAUUCUCCUAUAGGGAGUCAGAAUCCAUAGCUGUAGGAGACAGCUUACCAAAAAUGGUCCUUUGAAAGACUUGAAUAUUCCAACCAGUCAUUCACAGCUUGGGUCAACUGCAGCCCAUUGCUGGUAUGAGGUGGUAUGGGUAGGAUGGAAUGUAAUUCAAGUGGGGGCCGGGCACCCUCAUUCAGCGUUAAACCAUUCCAAAAAACUUUAACACUGAACUGUAAGCAGGUACAAGGAAUUAAUUUCAAUUGAUACAUUGCUGCAGCUCCACCUUGUUGCACAUCUUCAUUUUUUACUUGCAUGUGUUAGACCUAGUGAUUUUGGUCAUGAUUGAAUGACUGGCAGUGUUCAGCAGGACCUGCUUGAAAGAGUUGCAGAACUCUGGUAGUGGUUAUGGUGGUUAGAAUAUCCCUCUGUAGGAAUAUACGUAUAAGAAUGGAAAUCUUGUUUCUUGUAGCAUUGAGUUACUCUUAGACCGUAAAGCUGGUUGUAAAAUUGCUUAUAAAAUUAAUUUCUGGCUAAAAUGAGAAUACCAUACCAUAAGUAUUUGGACAGUGGCACAAACUUUCAUUUUGGUUCUGUAUUGCAUCAUGCUGGACUUGAAAUAAAAGUGCAACUAAGACAACAGAGUGCAGAAUGUAAACUGUAUGAAUUGCAAUGCUUCUAUUUUAGUGGAUGAAACGUGAUUGCUCGGCAGUCCAGCUCUCUCUUUGCCACAUGUGUAUUGUGUUAUAAACACGUGUAUAAGAAAUCUGAAUUCACUAUUGCUGCCGAGGUAGCGUCUUGCACUCAUGACACCCAGACACCUGCUCCAUCAUUGAAGAAUACUGACUGAUUAACUAUCCAAUGCUAAUAAAGCUUUGGUGUAUGAGAUUAGGAACCAGUCUUUCUCAGUGCAAAGGAAGUGCUGGGGACACAUGCGUUCCACAAACAUGACUUGUGUUACAAGUUAUUGGAGAGGAUGAAGACCGCAUUAUCCAUAGAUACUCUUGUUUGUGAAGUACAACUGCUGUUUAACAAUAUAUUUUGCACAUUGGGACCCCCUGCUCCCCUGGGAAUUGUGAAUACAUUAUCAGUUUGCUAAUUCUAAAAAUAAUUUUAUUUUUUUUCUUUGUUUUCUGUCCCUUAUUAAACAGAACUUUAUUUGUCUCUGGAAGGGUUAAGGUCUUUCAUUCUGAAAGCGGACACCUCUUUAUAGACCAGUAAUGCACAAUCGAUGCUUACUGAAUAAUGGCUUUAAAUGUGGAUAGCUCUGAGUAAUGCAUGUCACAGGGCUGGGACUUGGCCUAACAGUCCUGUGUGUUUUUAUUUUGUUAAGGAGAAUAUGGAGAUUUUCCAACUGGUUUUCACAUCAACUGUAUCUUCACAGAAAACCAUAUGUUUCAUUUUAUUUAUGCAUUUUAAAAAAAAUAUUAUUUCUUUGUUUCCUGCAGAAUCUGCCCGUCGUCCCUGGGAUAGAGGAAGCACCACAUUGCCAAGGUAACCACUUCUUAUUAAACUAAAUAAUGUAAGAAGGGGUUCAUUCACUAUUAACUAAAAUGUCUAUUUUUUUGCCUAAAUGUUGCAGUUUGGUUUUCAGUACUAUGCAAUUUGCUAUUUUAGUUAUUGGAGAGCACUUGGCAUGCUCAGUCUAAUGUAAUUAACCAAUUAUUAGGCUUGCACCUCCCAAAUGGCGUUAUUGUGAUUUUGUAAUAUUUUACCCUGUGCUCUCAAACUGCAGGGUUAUAACAGCAAGUGCAGGGUUUAUGGACUCUUUUUCCAUAUAAUAUUAUAGGUGCCGUGACUGAGACCCAGGCAUUUCUACAGCUUACCUCUAUGCCGUAAGAAAAGAUACUGUUAGGGCUUGUGUAACUGCUCACCCACUUCCUAUAGAUGGACUGUAAACUUGUUCCUACUAGCUUUUUGGCUAAACUUAAGAACAUUAUCAAUUCCUAACCAUAUGGAAUUCCUGCCAGAAUUAAGGAAAUAAUGAGGAUUCACACAAAUAAGAUGAAGUUUUGAUUUGUUUUGCAAGCAUGCAGCAGUUGAGCAGUUUAUUAAAGGUUAGCACUGAAUGAAAUCAAAUACUGUACUGUGAGUUUUCUUUUAAAUGUAUUUUUCGCUAUCUUUCCCUUGUCCCUCCAGGAUGAAAUCCACAGUCGGUAGUACAGAAGUGGCCCCAAGUUCCAGUCCAGAGGACUCUGAUUCAAUGGAGAGGAUUAAACAGGUAAUGGGAGCAGUCUGACCAUCCUAAAAUGCAGCUCAGUGCAGUGUUGUAAAUGGAUGGGAUCUAGGCUUUAAAGGGACACAUGAGGUCCUCCGUUUUAUGAAAGAUAUAUAAAUAAAAGAAAACGUGCAAGAUGCCCAUUUACAGCUGCUAAUACACCGUGAGGCAGCAGACUGCACAUUCCAGGUCUGCUAGUGGCUCAACCAAUCAGGGGUAUGACCGUAACCUGCUCACACUGUCCAGUGAGGGUUUUGUGGGGUAUGUAGUGUUUUUUACUAACUUUAAUCGGUGGAACUGCUGCAUAUGCUGACAGCAGGCAUACCAAUGCAGAUACCUGCUACUGCCUGCAUCAUUCAGUUUGUAAAUAGGGCUGUGCAAAGUGUUCGCCUGAAACUGUGCAGUUUCAUGCUCUCAGCUUCUGCUCAAGCUCUCUGUGAUUCCAAUAGGAGGGAUAGGGACGAGCAUGGAGUACCACUCCAUUCCUGCUGCUAACCAUGCGCACACCAGGUCUUAAUGUGGUGCAGCAGAAGGAAGCAAUUUAAUUGUUAAUGUGAUGUCUCAGCUUAAUGGGGGGCUGCAAUCCUUAAUGUAAUGCCACAGGGGAAGAGGGGACCAACCCUUGAUGUCAUGCUGCAACACAGGGGGAUUCAAUCCUGAACGUGAGGCUGCAGAGGGCGAGGGAUAAUUGCUCUAGUCUCCGAUGUAGAUCUAUAAAGUAUCAAUAACGUGCACAUAAGAAGAUAGAGUUGAAUCUUACCACAUAUCUUGUGCUGCUUUCUGCAUACAGCUUCCUGCACUGCUCACAAGUGUCGCAAUAUAAUAGCCUGUGGCUUACUAGAGAAGUAUUGCAAUUCUCAAACUUGGUGCCAAUACUGCAAUAAACACAUUUUGUAACCUGUAACUACUAGCUAGCUAAGUGAUAAGAAGCUUCCAAAGUAAAAUUAAUUUUUUGUUUUGUUUUUGAUUUUUACAUUUGUAAACCAUAUUGACUUAAUUGCCAAACAAAUUAAGACAGAACAUGUUCACGCCAAUAAAUAAAGUGGCCACCGACGGUGACCCUAUGUAACAGAGACCGGGAACAAUAUCAAACUCUGGCUGGUUGUGCAUUAUAGGGUAUUACACUGAUUCUAGACAAGACUGGGAGCCGCAAUUUGCUUUGCCAUAGGAAACCCAUUUUGAUAUUUUUACAUGUAUAUCAAUCUACCACUCAAACAGGGCCAGCACCGAAUGACCCGGCUUUCGUGUCUCCGCAGGGGAAAAUCAAGCGUUUCAACAUGGGGCCAUAGUCUAAAGGCAGCAGGCGGUGAAAUUUAGACCUAACUAAUCGAUUGGAGAUAGACUUAGAUUCAGAUUUAGUAAAUCGAACGAGAUUCAUGUCUGUUCAUAAUAGACAGGCUAGAGUUUAGACUUAGCAAGUGAUCGAGAUACAAUAAUUGACAUAUUAUAACAUUUUGCAACAUUAAUUUGUAUCCAGCUGGUAUUUUUUUGUAAAGUGUCCAAUUAAGGCUACACAGUUACAAUACACUCUAUACUAACCUGGACUUCUUGCUAUGAAGUACCAUCACCUGUCUGUCUAUUCUAUUUUUAAUUUUAGUUAUCAUUUUUGUUUUUCCUACAUUUGCUCUGUGGGAAACUGAGGUUUCUAUAAUCAAUACCUAUUUAUUGUUCUUUCUUUUUUCACUUUAAUAUUAUCUUUUUAUAGAUUUCUUAUUAAAAGUUAUGUUUUAAAUAAAUUACAAAUAUUUCUUUAGAGCAGUUCCUCUUUCUCUCUCAUUGUAUAUCAAUCUAUUUAUGUUCCUUUAGUAGUCAUAAUGCAGAUUGCAAAGUUACAAAGCCAGAUUCCUGUAGACUUCCACACAGCUCAGUUUAAUUUCUGCUGCCUUUUCGGUGAUUUCAUAUUCCUGGUUAAACUGGUAGAUCUAGAUGUGUCUGAUGUUUACCCCAGGGAAGCCGAUUUAAUCGCGUAUUCAGUAGAUUUUGAAAUGGUGGUAACUCUGCCUACUAAACUCUGAGUUCACAUUUUAACAAGGAGGGUGUCCGCUGUGUGAAUCCAAGCCUAUUGUACUAGUCUAGUGUGUGAAUAUGGGGUUCACUAGCACAGCGCCCUCUGCCUGAUUCCCCCAACGUUUUCUUGGUUACUUGGCUUAUCGUGAGUAACUGGAACAACUGGGGACUGAUCUGUGUUGUGGCGCUGACAUACUGACUGGUCACUGCCUCAUUACCACUGACUGACGAUUCUGAGAUGAUGUAGAUGUAUAACUAUUUUGUUACGCAGUGUGUUAAUAAAUAUUGAAUCCAGAGUCCUAUUAAACAAUGCCUGUUAAAAUUCACCUGCUAGCUGCUGUUAUAAUAACACUUAUAAUUCCACUGUCAAGAAUUUUAACCCUUGAUACAAAAACCUGUACCAAAUUCUGGCGAAUGACAGAUAAGGUGACGGAACUCUGAGGUUAUCCAAUAGGCAUUAAGGUUAGGGGAGAGUCUGGAGUACUUUAUCAUGAGACAGCCAUAAUUUCAUUAAAUCAGAUGUACUUAUAGUGGUGUUUCAGAAUAUGAUUUGUGGUUUAGAUGUCCUGGGACAUGGUGUUUCAGAAUAUUUGUGGUUUAGAUGGGCUAGCACUGCACUGGGCAUCAUGGGUAAUAUAGUUCACAACAGCUGCCGUGCUGAACGAUGAUCAGUACUAGUUUUUAAACUGCGUUUGCUAAAAAAAAAUGAAUCUAAGCGGAUUUUGACAUCACAGUGCUGAAGUGGAGCAGGAGUGAAUAUGUAUAUAAAUUAACACAGCCCUUUUGCUCUGCAGGAAUUGUUGGAGGAAAUGAGAAAAGAAUUGCAGAAAGUGAAAGAGGAAAUUAUUGAAGGUGAGUCACUGACAAUGCAAACCCUUUUGCUUUCUUGAAGGUUUUCAUAGUGUAUUUACCUGUCUGUAGUAGUGGAAUGUCCUGCUGUUGAGAAUUGCAACUCUUCUGUUCAUGCCCUGCCCACGUUAUAGCAGUCUAUUCCAGUGAUUCCCAAACAUCGGUCCAGGAUGUAGCCAUUUCCCAGUUCUGUUCAUAGAAGGGUCCUGACACAUCCUGGAGAUAAGACAAGUUUACUUUUACAGGGGACGUACUUCUUGAGGACCAUAUCAGGGCAACAAGAAUACAGGCCUUGUGUAUACAUACAGUGUAUAAUCAUUUAGAGUAUUUGGGGGUGUAGACCAGCUGCACUACAUGUGCAGCAACAGAGCAUGAAACUAAUUACCUAUAAACCUUUUAUCACCAAAGCCAUAUUAUGAACAGUUAGAUUACACAUUCCACCGACUCCCUCUGACUGCUCUCUUAACAGUGUGCAUUCUGUUAGCCAGUAAUUACUUGGGAACAAGGACUGAAAAUAUUGGGCUGUCGUGGGAGAUCGCUGUACUUGAUUCAGUGACAGUCCAUAUCCUUAGAUAAAAUUGUAACUUUAUUCCUCCGACGUUAAAGGGACUCUAAGAGCCCUUUAGUGUUUACAAGUUAUUGUAAUCAUGUUGCAAGGAGUGUUACAAUCUGUUUGGUUUCUGCCAAACUAUUGAGUGAUUUGCCAAAAUAAACAGGGCUCUCCUGGGCCCCUAAGUGCAUCAUCUUGUGUGAUGUUCUGUUUGUAUGAGGUUUACAUUACUGCAUUAUCUGUCCAUAACCGCCAAUGCAUUGACUGCAACAAUCACUGGACUAACACAGCGGCCGUGCAUACGGCCUAUCACUACAGUCCAAGCUUGGAUUUGUACAAAUAAUACAUUAUCGAAGUGUCCACAAAGGAGGCUGAGAUUUAGUUUGGCUGGAGAGCUCUGGUUUUGUUAAACCAUUUGCACAAAUAAUGGGUUGGGUAGCCAAAGAUGUCUUCCACCAUACCCAGUGCAUUAAGUGUUUCUCCUUUUUUGACCUCAAUAGCUAAAUUGCUAAUCACUUAUCAGAGAGCUGCGUAUCGAUACAUAAAGAAUCUAGCACUAUCUGUAAUACAUGUUUCAAACCCAUAACACUUACAGCCUGUCACUGUACAAGGAGCUGUAGCUGACACACCACCAGCAAGAAUCCUAAAAAUGAUUUCCAUGGGUGCACAAAAAAAUGCAUGACUUACACCCAGUGUCACUUGGAAAGUAUGACUUGGAGUCCUGCCCUCCUGCGAGAGGAAUGGAAUAAAAUUAUACAAAGGAGAGGUGUUGGUUUAGGCAGAAUGUGAUCAGACACACGGGAGCAAGCAGCAGACUUUCAAAAUCUGGUAUAUCUGUAUCAGUGUAAUAACUUGCCGUGAUUAGAAUAUAGGGUGUGUUCGUGUACGCAUACAUAAUGUUAUUUAAGUGUUUUAGUGUUUUUUGUUUUUUUUUAAUAUAUAUAUAUAUAUAUAUAUAUAUACUUUCGUUUUGGAGACUCAGUCACUCAUUGAUCCAAAAUCUCUUUGAAACCACCGGAAACAUUCUGGAUCACUGUAUAGAUAACAUUAAAAUAAAAUCACUUUUACUUUCCUCUCAUGAAAUCUCCUGCCACCUGCUGGCAAUUCCAUCAUUGUCAAGCGUGAGCGAGGUGGAACUGGCCAACACAUUUUCUAAAGCCUGCCUGUGUUUUAUUUUAAAUGAACAAACUUUCAGCUGACCACCUGUAGAUCAGCCAGCAACGUUUUUAAAAAUAGACUUCAUAUUAGCCCAUCAGUUCUGGCAUCCCUAUGGCUGCUCACGGAGGGUGUAGGCAGAGCCAGUAAAGGAGUGCUUGCUGGUCUAGGCUUCAUCGCCUCUUAAUAAUCUAAUGCUCUAUAUCCCCACCUUGCCAACAAAAUGUAUCCAGUACUCUCUAAAAUCUCUGUAGUCUUAAAUAUAAUCAGAGUCAUUUGUGGCAAGUUAGGCUAAACGCCAAAGGAAUUUAACUAAAUUUACUGUUCUUUGAAAUGCAGAAGGACCCCUUGACCUUUUACGCUAGUUAGUCUAGCUCAGGAAUUGCUUGGGAAUGCAUUCUUGAAUAAUUCCCAAAUUCCGAAAUUAAAACAACAACACUGUGGCUGUUGCUGCAAUGGGGUUUUUCCAAGUACAUUACAAAUGAAAUAAGACUUGUUACGGAUGGGAGCAGCCGUGGGCCCUCGUAAAAAUAAAAAAGUGUCUUACAAUUUGUAACUUUUUUAUUGGCCCUUGGUCUGAGGAAAUAAGGAUUUCAUUUUUAACUCUAGACUGAGCUCGUUUGAGCAGGGUACUUAUCAACCUAUUGUUCCCGUAACAUUUUGUGAUUGUCCCAUUUAUUGUUCAUUUUCCCCCUUUAUAAUUUUGCAGAAUAAAUUGAUGCUAUAUGAAUGUCAGUAAUAACUUAUCAAUGUAGUCUGAACUGAAGCCCUCCCCAUGUAUACCUUGCACUUUGAAAUUAAGUCUUGUUUCUCUUUGGUGGAGAAUGUCUAACUUUAACCCUGCCUCUCACUAUGCAGACAGACUACACCUUGUCCCCUUCACCUAUGGCAGUGUUUGCAGAAGUUAAUAGCUCAGCUUUUUACAAUGCACUUCAAUAAAUGGGACAAUGAACGACCGGAUGUUUGUUUAUAACCAUCUAUGAAUCAUAGCUGAAACCUUACCCAAAGCCUGUAUCACGUAGAACUAGCAGUAAAAUAUCCAUAUAUUUAUUACAGUCCCUUUUUUAAAACCUUGCGUAGAUGGGCAUGCUAGAGACGGGUGGGUAUUGGUGUUUAAGCAGAGUCUAUCUCUGUAUGAUGAGUUGGUCAUAUUCCGAUUUAACAAAUUAAAUACCUGCCAGUAUUGUGGUAUCUGAACCAAUACCGAGGAAGCUGCAGCACUUUAUAAACCAUAGUCCCCAAGAACUGAACCCUGCGCAUUGCAUGCAUUGGCUGCCAUGCAAAUCAGGGCGGCCAGUCAGAAAGGCACACGGAUAGCAGGAUUACUGGAUGAAUAUGGCCUAUCCACAUGUGUCUAAGCCAUUUAGUAACUCAACACCACUGCAUGCAAGGAAUUAAAACUAAACAUGUUAAGUUUUCUUCUUCCAAACCGUCCAUACGGCCCUAAUUAUUUAAAUCUAUUUAUAAACACAGUUCAAAGCCAGCCCAAUAAGCUUUAAGGAUGCUCUUUGAUUGCUGGCUUUGUGUGGAAUGUCUGGUUCUCUCUGAAGGUGAAAAUUGCUUAACAUAUGUUUAAUUUCUCUUUUCUUCUUUGAUUCUGUCUGAUAAUACAAGUUUAGAGGGGGAAGAUGUGAAAGUGGCUCCUUUGCCAUGCAUAAUUAAGCGGUCAUGUGGAAUCCACAAUUUUCCUUAAGAUGCAGUCUCACUUGAUAUGUUUUGUCUGUAGAUCUUAAAGCCACACUAUAGUAUUAGGAAUAAAUAUCUGCCCACCUGCGCUCCCUCCCCCAGUGGCAAUCGGAGGGUUAAAAACCUUUUUAAACAUGCUCCUUGGCACUAGCCAUCUCCUCUGAUGUCAGCACCGAGGAGUCUCCUCGAAGACUGAAAUGCGCUACUGAUCGUUGCGCAAAUGCCAGAUGCAUAACUUGGGACACUGGCAAGAUUGAGAACACAUAAAUAUACAACUCGAUUAUACUGGUUGCUGCCAAUAUGAUGCCAACUCCACAAACAAUUGGAGUAACCAGUCCCUGCUAACAGUCUGCAAACUUAUAACAAUUCCAUUAAAGGAAUUACAUUGUGUAAAACUAUUAUUUGUUAGUAGCUAUAGCAGAUUUGUUCUAUUAGAACACUCCUUCUCCUGAUUGUGAAUUUAUUAGAUCUUUUUGAAAUGUGUGUGAUUUUUACAAUCAUUUCUUGUUUUGGCUUCCUUGUUAGCUGACUUGAAUUUACAAACUCCAACUUGUCAUGAAUUAAACCUACUGCAUAAACCCAUACAUUCACUGGUGGACUCAAGGUGCAGCAGACACGUGGUUCUGUACUGCUCUAUCUUCUGCCAAAGGUUGUUUGCGCCAUAUGACUCUCACAAAGUCCUACAAAGUCCAAUAAUAAUCGAUUGAUUAUUUGGUCUGACUGAUCUAAUCAGGUGAUAUUUAGCACCAUUGCAAAUAUCGGUAUCUGCCUAUAAUCAUACCGAUAUUGCAGAGACCCAGCACACGCGAUCUUCAGUUCCUCUCUGCAUUGAUAGAGGACAGAUGAUAGCAUGUGCUCUGUCUCAGCUGUCCUCUCUACAAUAUGAAACUCACCUGGCAGCUUGCACAAAUCCACAGGACCACCAAGGAGUGUAAUGUCACCCUCCUUGGCCACAGGGAACAUUUGGGGUGAGGUGUGUAUCGUUACCAGUUAUUAACUCAAAGGGCCACGAUAAUCUGCAUCAGCCCUUAAAAAUAUUGGUCGACCUCUACUGUAGAGGGACACUAGUAUACACUUGACAUAUAAAACCUGGAUUAAUUAUCAGCAGAAGAGAAUAAAGACUAGUUCACUUACAAAUGAUCUUGUUAGCAGUUUUGAACUUUUCACAGCUACAAUUGGCUAGUUGCAGAUUUUCACGUUACCCAAGUUAGGGGAACUAAUCUGGUGAAAGAUGGUACAUACAAAACGAUUUCUACUGGCCAUAAAGUAUCAUAACCAAUUCCAGCCUAAACAUUAAGGGCUAACCAUAUCAAGCGAUGAUUAACCUGGGUUGCAAAUUAAUAAAAAAAAAUUUUAAAAAUCCCAAAGGAAAAUGUAUACAACUUCACAAAAAAACCCUGAAUAUUUUAAUAUAGGCUUUGGAAACGUGGAGGAAGUGAGUUCCAUCAUUAAGUCACAUUCAUUUAAAUAUUAUGUACUUAUUUGUAUCACAUUUAACUUUCUCUUCGAGAGAGAGAGCUAUAUGGGAACACUUGCAGUUAGUUUCAUAUUUUUACUGUGAAAAUAUUUGGUAUGUUCUUAAUUUAACCGAUUACUCAAAAAGUUUUUAAUAAAACACUUUUUGGUUGUAGCAAUUCUUCCUAUUGUGGUUACUUCACCAACAUAACAUAAAUCAAGCAAAAACGUGUCUCUGUUCCUGGGCCGAGGCCGGGUUAUCCCAGCAGCCCUUUAAUGACAUACAUGCUGUGCUGGCACUAGUAGUUAUUUCGAUUUCAAGUUAGGAUUGUUCCGUAAACCAGAAAUUUAAAAAUCGUUAAAUUGGAGAAUUUUUCCAGUUUGGCAAUUUUGGCCUAGGAUUAUACAGUUGCAAGAAAAAGUAUGUGAACCCUUUGGAUGAUAUGGAUUUCUGCACAAAUUGGUAAUAAAAUGUGAUCUGAUCAUCAUCUAAGUCACAACAAUAGACAAUCACAGUCUGCUUAAACUAAUAACACACAAAGAAUGAAAUGUUGCCAUGUUUUUAUUGAACACACAUGUAAACAUUCACAGUGCAGGUGGAAAAAGUAUGUGAACCCUUGGAUUUAAUAACUGGUUGAACCUCCUUUGGCAGCAAUAACUUCAACCAAACGUUUCCUGUAGUUGCAGAUCAGACGUGCACAACGGUCAGGAGUAAUUCUUGACCAUUCCUCUUUACAGAACUGUUUCAGUUCAGCAAUAUUCUUGGGAUGUCUGGUGUGAAUCGCUUUCUUGAGGUCAUGCCACAGCAUCUCAAUCGGGUUGAGGUCAGGACUCUGACUGGGCCACUUCAGAAGGCGUAUUUUCUUCUGUUUAAGCUAUUCUGUUGAUUUACUUCUAUGCUUUGGGUCAUUGUCCUGUUGCAACACCAAUCUUCUGUUGAGCUUCAGCUGGUAGACAGAUGGCCUUAAGUACUCCUGCAAAAUGUCUUGAUAAACUUGGGAAUUCAUUUUUCCUUCGAUGAUAGCAAUUUGUCCAGGCCCUGAUGCAGCAGAGCAGCCCCAAACCAUGACGCACCCACCCCCAUACUUCACAGUUAGGAUUAAGUUUUGAUGUUUGUGUGCUGUGCCUUUUUUUCGCCACACAGUGUUAUGUUUCUUCCAAACCACUCAACUUUGGUUUCAUCUGUCCACAGAAUAUUUUGCCAGUACUGCUGUGGAACAUCCAGCUGCUCUUGUGCAAACGUGCAGCAAUGUUUUGUUUGGGCAGCAGUGGCUUCCUCUGUGGUAUCCUCCCACGAAAUCCAUUCUUGUUUAGUGUUUUACGUAUUGUAGAUUCGCUAACAGGGAUGUUAGCAUUUGCCGGUGAUUUGCCAGUAAGUCUUUAGCUGACACUCUAGGAUUCUUCUUCACCUCAUUGAGCAGUCUGCGCUGUGCUCUUGCAGUCAUCUUUACAGGACGGCCACUCCUAGGGAGAGUAGCCGCAGUGCUGAACUUUCUCCAUUUAUAGACAAUUUGUCUUACCGUGGACUGAUGAACAGCAAGGCUUUUGGGGAUACUUUUAUAACCCUUUCCAGCAUUAUGCAAGUCAACAAUUCUUAAUCGUAGGUCUUCUGAGAGCUCUUUUGUGCAAGGCAUCAUUCACAUCAGGCAAUGCUUCUUGUGAAAAGCAAACCCAGAACUGGUGUGUGUUUUUAUAGGGCAGGGCAGCUGUAAUCAACACCUCCAAUCUCAUCUCAUUGAUUGGACUCCAGUUGGCUGACAUCUCACUCCAAUUAGCUCUUGGAGAUGUCAUUAGUCUAGGGGUUCACAUACUUUUUCCAUGGUGUGUUCAAUAAAAACAUGGCAACAUUUCAUUAUUUGUGUGUUAUUAGUUUAAGCAGACUGUGAUUGUCUAUUGUUGUAACUUAGAUGAUCAGAUCACAUUUUAUGACCAAUUUGUGACGCAUCCAUAUCAUCCAAAGGGGUCACAUACUUUUUCUUGCAACUGUAAAUACACAUCCUGAUCCUAAGUUUAGAGAAUAACUCUGUUUGUGGUUAAAGGAACGCUCUGGGCACCAUAACAACUCAAUCAGAAUGAAGUUGUGGUACCAAAAGAUCCUAGUGACCUUUAGACUGUUUGUGAAAUUCUUCUCUCCAGAGUGGUUUAGUUUUGACUUUGUCCUAUCGCUUCUCUUAGAUUCUUCAAAAAGGGAGCCUCUGACAGAGAAGCAACUGACUGUCUGAGAGCGUCAGUUAACUCUAAGUCAAUCAGUAGCUCCUCGUUUAUAUAUAAAAAAAAAAAAAAAAAACUAUAAAUAAAAGCACUUGAGGAAAAUACAUGUUUCUCCAGCGGUUUGUGAUUGAGGUGCUCCCAAUUGGCUGAAAGUGUCAAGGGACACUGUAAGAUAAUCACCUGCGCCCGUCAGAGGCUUCCUGUUUAAAGAAUUUCAAGAGAACUGGGUGAACCAGGACAGAGCUAAAUGUCAAUGGAGAGAAGACUUUGAGGUUAAACCAUUUGUGCAUGUUCACUCCUAAAGUUAGGCCAGCGCCAGGGACCUCCUGGCACCAUAAUAAUCUCAUUCCGAUUUAAGUUGUUUUGGUGCCCAGAGGUUCCCUUUAAAAGUUUUAUUGACCAUACUAACCUUUAAAUUAGGAACCAUAAUAAGAGGCAGAUGUGUACUAAUCCUUGCUGUAUAUAUUCACUAGAAGUGUCUCUAGAAAAAGCUUUGUGAAAACAUGAAAGAUUGAAUGAAACGAUACUGACAUUCCCCCCUUCUUUAUUUUCAGCAUUUACACUGGAGCUACGCAGACGGGGGACGCCAUGAAUCAAGCAAGCUUCAUUCCAAUGUCUCAGGCUCUACCAAUUGUGCUCUACUGGGGGCCCAGCAAUCCUUCCUCUGCUGUGCGGGGGUCCCAUGAAAGGGAGGGUAGAUACCCCCCCCUCAACACAAUGCAAUGUCUAAAUCACGUACAAUGCAUGCUCUACUAAUCGAAUUCUGUACAUGGCUCUACAAUUGUAUCCACACACUGCUCCUGUGCUAACCAUAGAUCUACACUCACCACAUGCUGAACUACCAUUGGCUCUACCCAUACUGUAUCCUGUACUAACCAUGCGCAUACAUAUUCUAUUCAUGUGCAUCCACUUGCACAAUAUGCUAUACUAACUAUGUCUAUACACCUACAUCCACACACCAUAUGCUGCACUAAUCAAUGCUUUACAGUCCGUAACAACUCCCUGCCCAAUACCAACUUCACCAUACACUCUGCCAUGUACCUCGAAACGUGUUAGCAGAAACUAAAAGCUUCAACCAAUAGGAUUAUUUUUAUGGCUUUUUUUUUUUAUGGGAAAAAGCUAUUUUAUAAAUGCAAUACCUUUUUUGUUUUGUAUAAAAUUUGUUGUAGUACCUAGCUACAAUAUAGUAUUGCUCUGAGGGUGCAUAAGUGGUGAUGGGAAUAGGAUUUUUUUUUUUAAAUUGUUUUUUUUUUUUAUUAAAAAAAAAAAACCCAUAGAAUAGUGGGUCACACACUGGAUAAAGUGGAGGACAGUUUGGGGCCUUUCACUGCCCCACAGUGAUGCUACACUAAGCACAUGUAGCACAGAGAUGGGCAGCCAAUGGGAUAAGUGCUUUUAAAUAUUUUAUGCCAUUAUAUAUAUAUAUAUAUGUGGGACUUUUUUUUGUAUCCUGUUUUCUAGAAAUAAAACUUGGCCUAUUGUAUUUGUGUAAUGUUAAUUGGAUUUGCAAGAAAUGGGUCUCAAAGCCGCUGGAAGCAGUCAAAUCAACAAGGUGCCUGUUUAUUCAUCAUACACAACUGUAAAUUCUGCAAAAAAAAAUCCUCAGGGGUAUGGCUUGCACUAGGCAAGCCCAUGCAGUGCCAAACCAGCUUCCUUGCUGUCUCCAGUGUCAGGGUGUAGUUUUUUUUGGGGGGGGAAAGCAGGUAAAAGGAUAGAGCCUUUUCCCAAUAGGGUGGAUCACUUCGCCAACUGUUUUCGUUCUACUCCACGAGCCCUAGCGUCCACCUCCUCUGUUAGGAGCCCCAAACGUGCAAUUUCUGCCUCCAUUACACUUAGUCGGGCCUCUAGUUCUUCCUCUUUCCUUUUGGAGUUUGCAGACUGCCUUGAAUACUCUGCCACAAGACAACCACCUCCAACGAGGAAAAUUAUGGCUUCUCCCAACAGCUCUGCUCCCAACUCUGCUGCUACUUCUUCAUUCAAAGGCUUGAUAGCUGCACCACGAAACCCCAUGAUCCUCAUUUUCGCCCGCAUCUCUACCCAGUGGUACACUGCAGAGAGAGAGAGAGACUGAAUGCAUAAUAAAGAAGGAGUAGUAUCAAGCAUGAGGACCUUGCCCUCAAGGAAUUAUUUUUUUUGCAAAGAAAAGUUAAUCUGUGGGAGCAUUUUGUUGGGC